AUGUCAUCCGACAAGCUAUCACGCGAGGAGACCCGUGUGAACGCACCUUACGAGAUUGAUCAAGAGAAGGGCAGUCCAAUCUACCAAACGACUUCAGGACCUGUAGUAGGAGAUGUCUUCGACGAGUCCUACGGGACAACACAACGCGGUCUCAAGUCUCGACAUGCUCAGAUGAUUGCUCUAGGAGGCACCAUCGGUACUGGCUUGUUUGUGGGCAGUGGUCAAACACUUGCCAGAGGUGGUCCAGCAUUCAUCUUGGGAUCAUUUAUCUUCAUGGCUGCAUUGAUCUGGAUGAUUGUUACUGUUUCGGCUUUGCUCUGGGUUGGCUAUACUGCAGCUGGGCUAGUCAUCGAGUACUGGGGGUCCACCAUCAACAUCGCCGUCUGGAUUUCGAUCAUGUUGGUUCUUAUUGUCGCACUGAAUCUCUUACCAGUCAAAUACUACGGCGAGGUGGAGUUCUGGUUCGCUGGAGCAGCAAACGUUUACCUUGCCGAAGGAAACACUGGACGGUUCAUAGCACUGUUGUCGACCUGGGUGCUUAGUGCAUUCNCCUUUGCAUUUGCACCAGAAUUGUUGGUUGCAACUGGUGGUGAGAUCGAGGACCCGCGUCGCAACCUUCCGAUUGCAGCCAGAAGAUACUUCUACCGACUGAUUUUCUUCUACAUAUUCUCAGUCCUUGCUAUUGGUGUCAUCUGUCGUUCAGAUGAUCAGGCAUUGACCAAUGGCGGGGUUGGUGCUGGAUCUUCAGCUUUUGUGGUUGGCAUCAAGAACGCUGGUAUCCCUGUCCUGGAUUCGAUCAUCAACGGAGGCAUCAUCCUGAGUGCCUGGUCAUCUGGAAACUCCUUCCUCUACCUUUCUGGACGCAGCCUGUACUCUCUUGCUCUUGCUGGUAAUGCGCCAGCUUGGUUCAAGCACUGCAGUAAAAACGGUGUCCCAAUCCGUGCAAUGGGAGUAUCAUCUCUCUUUUCAUUGUUGGCCUAUCUCAAUGUCGCAAACUCUGCUAGUGUUGUCUUCAACUGGCUCGUCAAUCUCACCAACACCUCAGCCUUCAUCUCCUGGAUCUGCUGCUGCAUCACCUACAUCCGCUUCCGCAAAGCAAUCACCGCUCAAGACAUCCCAGACUCUGAUCUCCCGUACCGAAACACAAUCAUGCAGCCCUGGGGUGCAUGGUUUGCCAUGAUCUUCUUCACCAUCUUGACUUUGAUAAACGGCUUCACCGUCUUCUGGCCACAGAACUGGUCAAUCGCUAGUUUCUUCACGGCAUAUGUUGGCAUUCCUAUUCCUAUCAUUAUUUAUCUUGUUCACAAGGUGUUCUGGGCUCGGCAUGAGGCUUGGGCUCGUCCACCGCUGACUGUAGAUCUAGUCAGUGGACUUGAUGAGGUGAUGACUACAUACAAGGAGAAGAAGCCUUAUACUAAGUGGUAUCACUAUAUCAAGGUACUAUGGGAGUAG